CUUCUCAAAUAUUCCUCCAUUCUCAAUUAGUCGUCAUUGAGAACGUAGCGCCACUCUUCUUUUUAGAAGUUUUGCUGUUCAUGCAAAUGGCUCGUCCAAAAUUGAUCUUGUCACGUAUCUCGAAUGAGAGAGAACGUAACCUAGCUUUUAACCGGAGAAAGAAUGAAUUACUGAAAAUGAUUUCUGAAUUUUCUGAAAUGUGUGGCGGGGAAGCUUGUUUGAUUAUCUAUGAUGGUGACAAUAUUGGCAAUGCUCCACCAGUGACAUGGCCCCAAGACCCUAAUGUGGUGCAGCAAUAUCUCAUUGAAAAGUAUGAGCAACCUAAGGAAAAGAAUCAAACUCGUGUUAAGAUCUUUGAUCUUGAAGAAUUUUUUGAGACGAAGAAGCACUUGGUGGAAUCUAAGAUUUCCAAUGUGAGAAAGGACACAUUCAACACCAAUUGUCCAAUUUGGCAUCAAAGUCUCAAUGGUCUAGGACAAGAGCAGCUGAAGAAUUUAAUUGUUGUUUUGGAUACAAAGAUUGAAGCUUGUGAUCAAAGUAUUAAGAUGUUGAAGGAGGACAAGCUAAAAGCUGCACAAGCCAAUUUUCUUAUGAUGCAAUACUUAUCUCAAAAUCAAGCUAUCCAUGGUUAUAAUCAGCUAGCAAUAGCAUCUUCCCUGUUUGAGAAUGGUGAGGGUUCUUCUCAAUCUCAAAUGCUUCAAUUUGAUCCAAAUCUUAUGAAGAUGGCAAUGAAUAAUAAUGGGUUGGAGGAAGAUAUGACUAAUCAAUUUGAUUUCCCUAUGGAUUGUGCAAACCAAACCUUUGGCAUAUCACCAAAUCAAGUACUUGAUGUGCCAAUGUUGAUCAGUGAGAACAAUUGGGUUGUGGUUGGUACAAAUCAUGAAGCACUUGGGGUGCCUUUGAAUUGUGCAAGCCAAAUCAACACCUUUGGGGAUUCAACCAAUCAUCUUGAUGUGCCUGCUUUGAUGGAAGAGGAUAAUGGGAAUAUUGUGGAUGUUAGCUAUGAUCAACAUGAUGUGCUUGUGGAUUGCACAAAUCAAAUUGUUCACUAUGAAAAUUCAACAGAUGAUCAAUCUGACAUGCCAGUGUUGAUGGAAAAUAAUCAAGGUAUGAUGAAUAUUACUACUCAAGCUGAUUUUGUUUCUGUGGAUGGUACAAAUUCAACUAAUCAACUUGAUGAGACAAUAGAUUGGAGUACUUUAAUUGACGAGGCUGUGGAUGGGGCUGGUCUAAGUGAUGAGGAUUGGGCUAAUUUUUUUGAUGAUGAUGAUGAAUAUAUAACUGAUGAACUUUGUUUGCCAGAGAUAGGGACUAACCACAUUAGCAGUUCUACUACAUCCAUGAAUGGAGCUUCUAGUUCUAGUUAUUGUACAGAUUUUCAUGAGUUAGAAAAUCCUGGAUCUUCUUCACUUUGCAAUUAUGAUGGAGAUGCACAGCCAAUGCAAUGCUCCAACUUGGACCCUGCAUUGCAAUAUAUUGCUUCUCAAUCUGAAAAUUUGCAGCAAGGAGCAGACUUGCAUUCCUUGCCACCAUAUAUAUGGAGGGACGGAACUAAGUACUUGGAAAAUGGGGCAGUGACAUCGCGGAAGAGGAAAGUCAUGUUCCCAUAGAAUAGUAUUCAAAUAUUUAUUUGACUAUCUAACUGAAAUAGAUAUUGUUGAUUUUGCUUAAUAUGUUAACUCUUUUUUGUCCCCUUGCCUAUUUUUUUCUGAAAAAGAGAAUAGUUCUUUUUUUUUUUUUUUUUGAAAAAGGUGUCUUUUGAUUUUUCAAUCAAAGAGAAACUUGCUUUGAUUUUUUUUUUAUAUAUAUCUAGGCUUCUUAUUUAGUUCAUACUAAUCUGUCAC